AUAUCCAAUGUCGGCUAAAUGUGGGCCCCUACUGCAGGGAUACAGGAAAAAGAAAGUAAAGUCAAGUCGAAGGAUACAUGGUCAAGACGAGGGAGAUAUGGUCAAGUUAAGGGAAACAUGGUCAAGUCGAGGGAAACAUGGUCAAGUCGAGGGAGACAUGGUCAAGUCGUGGUCAAGUCGAAGGAAACAUGGUCAAGUCGAGGGAUACAUGGUCAAGUUAAGGGAGACAUUGUCAAGUCGAGGGAAACAUGGUCAGGUCGAGGGAAACAUGGUCAAGUUGAGGGAAACGUGGUCAAGUCGAGGUAGACGGGGUCAAGUUUACUACGUCUACCUCGUUUUCCCCUGGGCAAGUCGAGGGAAAGCAAUAAAGCUAACAGCAGUACUAAAGUAUCUUACUCUCUAG